AUGUGAAAUAUUGAAACGCUUGAAGGGUUUAGAAAGGGUUUUUCAAAAGCUCUCGUUUAUUCGAAGACCUCUCACCCUCCCUCCUUGGCUCCUUCCUCGUCAUUAGCUUUUUCUAGAGUCCAGAGAUUGCAUCUUCCAACUUCGCUUGGGGAACAAAAAGAGGACGAGAGAAUUCUGAUUUCUCGGGACCGUAUACAGAGAAAAUUAUAACAGAGAGGAAAAGAGGGAAAACCACUUGAAGUUGUGGUUACCCACCCCAUUCACAUGCCAUUACUGUCCAAAUCAACAAAACAUGAGGCUCAGAACUCGCUCUAGCACUUAACAGUAACUCGACUUUCAUUUGUCCAAAGCCAUUUCCUUGCUUUGACGGAAAUCGUGGGGCAGAAUUGGACAUGCUUGGCCCUGGUGGCUGAUGAAACUGCUGCUGUGCUCUUCCAGUUUUGGAGUGAUGAUUGUGAUUCCUUUGAGCCUGGUGAUAUUAUCCAUUUAAUCAAUGGCAUUUUUUCCUACAACAGGAACAAUCUUGUUUUGAGGGCAGGCAAGAGGGGGACCAUAAAGAAAGUGGGAGAAUUUACUAUGCCAAACAUGAGUUCCAUUUCUUGCAUGUGAAGGAACUUCUUUCAGGAGUAUUUUAAAAGGAAAUUUUAAAAGAUAAAACACAAGUCAAGGAUGACUGCAUUUGCUGUUAGGGCAACUCCAUCCACCAUUGCUACUCAGGCUUCUCGUCAAGCUCUCAAGCCAGCUACGCUUCUUGCUCCAGGCAUUGUUAAUGUUUUUGCUGCUUACAAGUAUAAGGAUGUGAUUUUUGAUGGAUGCACCAAGAUUUUAGGGGCUGGUAAACCCUCAUCAAGUCGCCCAGUGGUUUUCUGCAGACCCAACUUUCCUUCCUUGCCUGAAUUGUCAUUGAGCACGGCUACGCAAAGCCCUAAUCGGCAUCUGCAUUCCUACUCUUCUAAAGGAAAAAAGUUCUCCCAGCUCUCUGCUGCAUCAGCCUCACUUUUUGGAGAUCAAGAUGGUCUCUCUUAUGGAAUCCCUAGACUUCCUGUUCGAAGACGUUCUUCUGACCUCCCUAAAGCAUACAAGAAUGACUUUUUCAGGUUUCCUUUUCCAGUAUUAGCUGAAAAACCAGAAUGGUGGUGGAGAACAUUAGCUUGUCUUCCCUAUUUGAUUGCUCUGCAGAUUUCAGAUGCAGGUUAUUUUAUCCGGUCCUUCCUAGAACAUUAUGACUACUUGGAAGAUUUAAUAUUUUUUGUCCCUGGAGCUGUCUCGAGAUUACCAACUUGGUUCACAAUGGUGUACUGCUACAUAGCUUAUAUUGGAAUUGUGAAAAACAGAGAGUGGCCUCACUUCUUUAGGUUCCAUCUUAUGAUGGGCAUGUUGUUGGAAACGGCCAUGCAAUUGAUAUGGUAUACAAGUAACUUCUUUCCUCUCAUACACUACAACGGUACGUAUGGGAUGUACUACUGGGCAGGUGUGGGAUUAGCAUACAUUUUAGUUCUGUUGCAGUGUGUAAGUUGUGCUCUUCUUGGUGGCUAUGCUCAUAUUCCUGUUAUUAGCGAUGCCGCUCUAAUCCAUACUCUGUUCAAUAUAGGAGGCUUCCAGCGGCCAUUCUAGGACUGCCAUAAAUAGAGACAUCAGAUUAAAUGUAUGUGAUUUUAGACAAGGAAAGAAGUAAUGGAAAAUAAAAUGUGUAAGAUAUAUUCCACUUAUUUAUUCUCUAUGUGCGGUGGUUAAAUCUUAGUUUGCUCAAUAUGUUAUGGGAGAACGGAACAGUGGUAAUUUAUGCUUUCUGUUUUUUAUUGACAUAAAUGGAGACAUCAGGUUUCCGUGUA